UCGUCGUCUUCUUCUUCUUCGUCGUCGUCGUUCAGAAACCCUAGAGAUGCUCGUCUGAAUCGCGACAAGCUCCUCCUCCUCCUCCUCUUCGAAUCCGCAGCGAACUUCUGCGGCAACAAAUGGCGGCGGCGUUCAAAGCGGCGUCGCGCUACAGCUCCUACGACUCGCGCUCCUCCACGUCGUCCUCGGCGGAGCUCAAGCUGAAGCCGGGCAAGUCCUCCCCCGCGCUCGCGCCGCCCGCUUCCUCGUCCUCCUCCUCGUCCUCCUCCUCCCGCGCGCUCGUCAGGGCCAAGGCGCCCGACCUCCCCUCCUCCGGCGGCGCGAAGAACCGGAACUUCGCCGACAUGGUGAAGAGGUUCAUGGGGAAGAAGCCGUCGUCGGCGGCGGCGGCGGCGGUGGCUUCGAGGGGGAAGCUGGGGAGCGCCAAUCUGGUGAUCCCCGUGGACGUGAUCGCGGAGGACUUGAAGAAGGGGGCGAAGGGGAGGAACCAGCUGGGGGUGUUGCCUAGGAAGCUGUUCGAGAAGAAGGUGAAGAAAGAGGGCGUGAAGGCGUUGACGGAGGUCAAGGGCGGGGGGAACAACAACGCGCGGACGCUGGCGAUGGUGCUGAGGAGCGAGAGAGAGCUCCUGAGCGCGAACAAGGAGUUGGAGAUGGAGGUCGCUGAACUCAAGCUGAUGCUCGAGCAGAAGAACAGAGAAGUUGAGAAGUUGAAAGAUCUGUGCUUGAGCCAGAGGGUAGAGAUCAAGGCAUUAAAGAGCGCGGUACUUUUCCCCGAGGUGACAAAUAAUGAGCUUCAAGAACAAUUGGAAAAGCAAGGGACAGAGUUGAGGCAAGCCAAAAUGAUAAUCCCUGCUCUACAGAAGCAGGUCACUUCUCUCACUGGCCAGCUCCAAUGCCUUGCUGAUGAUAUCGCUGAGGUGAAGGCGGAUAAAUAUUCUGCAAAGGCAUGUUUUCGUCACCAGACUGGCAGCUCUCCGAGGACACCGAUAUACAACCAUGAAGAGGCAGCUAAUUCUUUGGAGUUUAGCUCCAGUGAAGCAACAGCCCCUGAUAGUCCAGAUGACUUGUUCCUCAAGGACUUGAAUCCUUGUUUAACUCCCAAUGAUGGCAAGACAAGAUCGAAGGAAUUCGAAGAGGAACUAGAUUAUAAUUCUUCAAGAUAUGUCGGCUUCUCUGACGGGAAUAUGGAGACAUUCUACGAAGCUGGUUUCAACCCUGGUCCCAGGAAGUUGUCCAAAAGUUCGGAUUGCUGCCAGAAACCUCGUACCGGUGACCGAAUGGCCCGCGCAGGUCGCAAAUAAGAAGAAAGUAAAUGAUGCACAUACGGAACACCCACGCACCAGCAGUAUUUCUGAGAUGUAUUUCAAUUUCCAUCCAAAGGUUUCUGCUCAAUGAUUCUCAGUGUUGCUUUUCUACCCCUUCCCACAAAACGGACAUAAUUGUGCCAAUCUCUUGUACCAUACCGAGUUCUUCCCUCGCUAGCUAAGGGUCGGAACCGUGUUGACAGGAUAUCAGCACAUGUAUUAUAAUUUUUCAUCAAUUAAGCGAGUACCAUCCAUACAGAAUGGAUCAUUUUGACUA